CAGAGACCCACACUGCUCCCCGACGGCGCCCGCCAUGAGGACGGUCCUGCUGCUCGUUGCCACCCUGGCUGUGGCUGUGGGGCCAGCCCUUGCCCUCCGCUGCCAUGUGUGCAGAAGCUCCAGCAACUGCAAGGAGCCCAAGGAGUGCCCGGCCAGUGCUCGAUAUUGCACGACCAUGAUCACGGUGGAGCCUCUGAGCGGGAACCUGGUGAACAAGAACUGUGUGGACUCCUGUGUGCCCACCCACGCCCAGCAAGUCCAGGUCAGCGGCGGCGCCGGCUCCACCCAGUGCUGCCAGGAGGAUCUGUGCAAUGCACAGCUGCGCAGCGCCGCCCCCCGCGCCGCCCUCAGCCUGGGGCUGGCCCUGGGCCUCCCGGCCCUCCUCUUAGCCCCCCGCCUGUGACCUCCCCCCAAGGAGGGCCCCCCUGCCUGUCCUUCCCUUUCUCCGGGGAUUCCACGGCUCCCUUCCCCAGCCGCAAUGCGGGUGCCAGGAGCCCCAGGCUGGGGGCUUCCCCGAAAAUCUGGGGCCAGGUCCAGGGGGGCAUGGAGUCCUGAUGACUCGGAGCAGGCCCCGCAGACCCCGCAGAGAAUGCAGCUCCUGCCGCAUGGAGGGUGGGGGAUGGGAGCCUCCCCUCACCCCCCGACCGCCACAUUUCAAACGGUUUUUUGGCCAUUUAUUUUUCUACUCAAAUCUCUGCAUGGACAUAAAGGAUUUAA